AUGAAUGCAGAAGAAAAUUCCGCCAAAGUGUGUCUAUUCAUGUUGGAGUACGGACCAGGAAGAAGCUUAGCGAUGCGGAUUCCUUCACAAAGUGCAUCCAGGACGCUGCAAGGGAAACGCUCCCGGUUCUAUUGCCGCGGAAGAAGUUUGCCUUUGCAUCUGCGGAAACAAAAUCCACAUACAAUUUUGUAUGUGUCGCGCGCAGCGCUGGUGACUUCAACCAGGAAAUGCGUCUUAGAAGGAAGCUGCGUCGUCAACUGCAACAAGACCGCGAUAACGAGUGGACGUCAAGAGCGAUGGGAGUUUGAGAAGGCGUGGGAGGACAAGAACCAGCGGAAAGCCUAUGCUCUACUAAAACAGUAUAGCGGCAAAAUGAAAAGAUGUUCCCCUGUCCUCAACACUGCCAAUGGGGUAGCUGUCGGUGAAGCAACCCUUCCAAUUUGGAAGGAACACUUCAAGACCUUGCUGAACUGGCUAGCACCGUCAGCUCCUGAACUCGAACACGUUCAUAGACCGACAUAUGCGGUUAAUGAGGAGCCACCGACCGAGUCGGAGGUCCUGGUCUGUAUUCAGAAAAUGAAGAAUGGAAAAUCUGGUGGAGAGGACGGGAUUAGCGCAGAAAUGCUAAAAUAUCUUCCUGCGUCUGGGAUUCGUGAGAUGACAAAGUCCAUCCGUUCAAUAUGGAUAAACGAAAGGAUACCUGAUUCGUGA